CGAGAGUGAACGUUGUUGUGCAUAUAGUCCAACAGCAGACAUCAGUCAGCAGAGCAGAGGAGGCGAGUAGAGCAGCAGCAGCAGCAGCAGAGAAGUCUAACCCAGAAUCGAGUGCGGUGUUUUGUGUGUGUGUUUUUGCCAUGUAUCACCUGAAGAGUUUGGCCCGUCAGGGCGCCCUGCGCCAGCAGGAGCUGACCACCCUGGUCAAGGCCCUGCCCACGGCAGCGCUGCAGGCACGCGGCUAUGCCACCGAGCACCAGAUUCCCGACCGCCUUAAGGAUGUGCCCACUGCCAAGGAUCCCCGGUUCUUCGACAUGGUCGAGUACUUCUUCCACCGCGGCUGCCAGAUCGCGGAGGAGAGCCUCAUCGAUGACAUGAAGGGCAAGCUGACCCGCGACGAGAAGAAGCAGAAGGUAAAGGGUAUUCUCAUGCUUAUGCAACCCUGUGACCACAUCAUCGAGAUUGCAUUCCCCCUGCGUCGUGAUGCUGGAAAUUACGAGAUGAUUACCGGCUACCGUGCCCAGCACAGCACCCACAAGACACCCACCAAGGGCGGUAUCCGAUUCUCGUUGGAUGUCUCACGCGAUGAGGUGAAAGCCCUGUCUGCCCUGAUGACCUUCAAGUGCGCCUGUGUGGAUGUGCCAUUCGGCGGUGCCAAGGCUGGCCUGAAGAUCAACCCCAAGGAGUACUCCGAGCACGAGCUGGAGAAGAUCACUCGUCGCUUCACCCUUGAGUUGGCCAAGAAGGGCUUCAUUGGACCCGGCGUCGAUGUGCCCGCCCCCGAUAUGGGCACUGGCGAGCGCGAAAUGUCGUGGAUUGCCGACACUUAUGCCAAGACCAUCGGACAUCUGGAUAUCAAUGCUCAUGCCUGUGUCACUGGCAAGCCCAUCAACCAGGGCGGCAUCCACGGACGCGUCUCGGCCACCGGUCGCGGCGUCUUCCACGGUCUGGAGAACUUCAUCAACGAGGCCAGCUACAUGAGCCAGAUUGGCACCACUCCCGGCUGGGGCGGCAAGACCUUCAUCGUGCAGGGCUUCGGUAAUGUCGGCCUUCACACCACCCGCUACCUCACUCGUGCCGGUGCCACCUGCAUCGGUGUGAUUGAGCACGACGGAACUCUGUACAACCCAGAGGGCAUUGACCCCAAGCUCCUUGAGGACUACAAGAACGAGCACGGCACCAUUGUGGGCUACCAGAACGCCAAGCCCUACGAGGGUGAGAAUCUGAUGUUCGAGAAGUGCGACAUCUUCAUUCCAGCUGCCGUUGAGAAGGUCAUCAACAGCGAGAAUGCCAGCAGAAUCCAAGCUAAGAUCAUUGCCGAGGCUGCCAACGGCCCAACCACUCCCGCUGCCGACAAGAUCCUCAUUGAUCGCAACAUUUUGGUCAUUCCCGAUCUGUACAUCAAUGCCGGUGGUGUCACCGUCUCGUUCUUCGAGUGGCUCAAGAACCUCAACCAUGUCUCGUACGGUCGCCUGACCUUCAAGUAUGAGCGCGAGUCCAACUACCAUUUGCUCGCCUCAGUCCAACAGUCAAUUGAAAGAAUCAUUAAUGACGAAUCCGUGCAGGAGUCCCUUGAGCGUCGCUUCGGACGUGUGGGCGGACGUAUUCCCGUCACCCCAUCGGAGUCGUUCCAGAAGCGCAUCUCUGGCGCAUCCGAGAAGGACAUCGUGCACUCUGGCCUGGACUACACCAUGGAGCGUUCGGCUCGUGCCAUCAUGAAGACGGCCAUGAAGUACAACCUGGGACUGGACCUGAGAACCGCUGCCUAUGUCAACUCCAUCGAGAAGAUCUUCACCACAUACCGUGAUGCCGGUCUGGCCUUCUAAGCGCCAGCGGAAGCCACGAGCCCCGCAGACUCUUAAUUAGUUAAUAAAGCAUUCGAACUCAAGAGCAACACUUAAUGCUAUUGCUCCAUGCACCGCCGUUUUUAGAUGAAACAACAAACAAAAAAUGUCACAAACUA